UCUCCGUCAGCCCCUCUCUCUGGGUCCCUCACUCUCUCUCUCCCUCGUUCUCUCCACUCUCUCUCCCUCCCUCUCUACACUCUCUGUCAGCCCCUCUCUCUGGGUCCCUCAUUCUCUCUCCCUCCCUCUCUCCACUCUCUCUCCCUCCCUCUCUCCACUCUCUCUGUCAGCCCCUCUCUCUGGGUCCCUCAUUCUCUCUACUCUCUCUCUGCCUCCCUCUCUCCACUCUCUGUCAACCCCUCUCUCUGGGUCCCUCGCUCCCUCUCUCUCUCAUUCCCACUUGGUCGUCAGCAUGGUGACGACCAACAGAUAACUUCCACUGCCCCGCCUCCCCCAGCCCUGCCCCAGCACCGCCUCUUCACCAUGGGAACCUGCCUCUGCAAAGGUCACAAAGAAUAUCUCCAGAGCACCCCCAACCUGCCAGAGCCAGUACUACAGUCCUCUGUUGAGGGUGGCUACCAGCCGUCUGGCAGGACACUCUCAGACAAAAGGAGGGACAGUGGCUACGGCAUUGGGGAGCUGGCCACCUCCUCUCUCAUGGGUUUGGUGGCCACCAUAAAGGAACACAUCACCAAGCCCACUGCCAUGGCGCAGGGUCGAGUCGCGCACCUCAUCGAGUGGAAGGGGUGGAGCUCUGGGGGCGGGGCCGGGUGUGACUGGAGGAGGGACGGGAGUGGCUGGGGUGGGGCAGGGGCGGAGCUUCAGGAGGGUGAGCAGCUCUACUCCCACUUGGCUGAAGAGGUGAAGGCAGCGCGCUUUGCAGCAGGAGUAGCAGAACAGUUUGCCCUCGCUGAGGCCUCCAUGAGCUGGUCACCCCAGGAACUACAUGAUGAACCCAAUGGAACCUAUGUCCCUCUGCAAGACCCCAACGGCCUCUUUCUCUCUCAAAUCCUAUUGGACGAUGUAGGCGUGCCUCAGCGCCUCUACAGCAUCAACCGGGACGUUAGCCGGGACUCAAGCCCCCUUCCAUUCCCACCCCCGGCCCACUCUUGCUCGGCCAGCUCCCCCUGGCAGCCAGACGCACAGCACCCCCUGCAGGAGCGGAGGACCUUUCCCUCCGACACUAUUCGCCAAGCAGACUGCGGCUCCCUCUCUGAGGAUGAAGUUUUUUACAAUUAGAGUAACGUCUUCUCUUUCUUCUUUUUUCUUCUGCCCAGUGAAUGCAUCAGCUCACAAGACCGUAAAUGGCCAUGAGGUAUUCUAUGAGGGGGUCAGGUUGGGAAAGCAUCUGACUGUCCCCUCCAUAUUACAUUACAUUACAUUACAUUACAUGACAUUUAGCAGACCCUCUUAUCCAGAGCGACGUACAACAAAGUGCAAAUCGAACACAAGAACAAGUGCAAAGAGGACCUGAGAGGACAGUACAGUUCCGAGUCCUUGUGUAAACAUACAGAAAAUCAGAACCCUUGAAGAGUACAAUCAACUUUCAAACUAGCAUACCACAGUUGGCAGCUAGAAUACAACAAUACAACAGCCAAUAAAAACAACAAUACUUAUACAAAUAACAAUAUUUAUACAUAAGUGCCAUUACAGUCUAAUCAUGGUGAUUGUGAGUUGGGGAGGGAAAGGUGUAGCCUGAAGAGAUGGGUCUUCAGUCUGCGCUUGAAGGAGGUCAGAGACUCUGCUGUUCUGACAUCCACCGGGAGGUCAUUCCACCACUGUGGGACCAGGACAGACAGCAGUCAUGAGCAUGAAUAUUGAUAUGGUGAAGCAGCUUGGAGAAUGGAUUCAUAAUUUGACCUACUUAAACAGUGAUCUGUAAGAAAUAUAAGAUGUACAGAGAUGUUAGAUUUGCUAACUCAAAGGGGAAUCGAUUGAGAAACAUUGGACAAAAGACUCAGAUUGUGCUGACUGAAUGUCCCGUUCCACUCGCUGUUGCUCUGGUGACAGACUACCUAUCUCUUUGUCCAACUGACAUUUGUGGAGUCAGUCUGAAUGCUGUCUUUGUCUUGGGUAAUUGGCCCUGCAGUGUGAGCUAAAGUAGCUGCGACAUCAUCAGCAAACACUGAAUAUUGAUUCUUUAAUUAUUGGGACAAUAAUUUAGAGGCACUGAAAAAUCGAUCUGAUCGACCAGCACAAAGAGUGGAUUUUAAGCACAAUCCAUGUACCGUCCUCCUGUAUGUGUAUGUGUUGAGCUAGUUCUUACUCGGUGUUGCAUAUUGUUUUUACUGCUAAAGAGGGCAUUGCUUAUGUUGAAGCAGAUUUAAGCAAGAUUUCGUGAUAUUAAAAUCAUGUGUGUAACUGUAAAUUAAACUUCAUCUGAACCUUAGUUCAUGUCCAGUGGCAACCAUAAGGGACCAACCAGCUGUGGCCAUCUCCAUAGACAGAGCUCACACUGGUGGAACGCUGGCCGCUGGAUAUCAUUCAUAUGUAUAAUUUUACUUUUAGGCUCUUAGACAUUUUAGAUGUCAGAAUGGGUUUGAAUACAUAAAUAAGUGUAUAAGGAUCAUAGUCCAUACAGCGUUUGUAUUUAUCCCUUUUUCGUAUUGAUGCCAGAAAUAAUAAUAUUUUCUCAGCCUAUUCUAAGGCACAUCCAAUGGGAUGUUACUCCCUAUUUAACUUUUAGAAAUUUGUUGACCUUUUUGAAUAUCGCAUAUGAACGCAUCCACUGAAUUACAUGGCGUAUGAAAGUAUAAUGCUAUUUAAUAUUGUAGCCAUGCCUUUAUUAUAAAAAAGUGAAAAUGAUAGGAAAACAUUCAUGAAUGAAAAGGAAAUAUCACAUACAAUCUAGACUGAUAGUGUAUUGAUGCCAAAUAAUAUAUUGUCUAGGUUUAUGACAAAUUGUAUUUAUGUAUUUUGAUGUGUUCAGUGAAAUGGAAACAAUUAACAUCAUAAGAAAAAGAAACAUUAAAAAGUUUAGAUUUUCAAGCCAUAGCCUUCAACAAUCAGAAUUACUAACUGUAACUGUAACUUUCAGCAAGCAGGAUGUGUUUACAAUAUGUCAGAAGACCUGGUCAAAUGUGUAAGAAUUCAAAUACUUGAUUCUAUGAUUUACUGAGCUUGUCUGGAAUAAUGGAAGCUGUGUGAUACUCUCAGAAAGUGCACACCGUGGUUGGUUCAAUUGCACCAGGCAAGAUCAAUCAAGCACAGAAAAGUACUUGAAUCCAAAACAAUGAUGUAUUUGACCUAGGUCAGAAUUGUCUAUAGUAAGGACACAGGACUCCUCUCUUAACACUGCAUAACACUGGAUGCAGCAAAUAUAAUAACAUUAAUUUUCAAGCUGUAUAUAAUAUUGAACCAAGCUUGUGAAACACAGAGACUCAGUGUCAACUAUUAUCUGUUAAUCUGAUAUUAUUCUGUUUGUGGAAAUGUUUUCAUUUUCAGUUAAAUCAAGCAUAUACAUGUUUACAACUGGUUCAGUUUAAAAGAACACAAAUAUUUA